AUGUCAGAAGGUUAUUCAGAAUGUCAAAAUAUAUCUGAAUUCAUAAAGUCCUCAUUAGAAUUAGCUGGAUUUUUGAUAAAUGAACAAAAAUCUAUCUUUGAUCCAGUUCAACGCUUGAAAUGGCUCGGAUUAAUUUGGGAUUCGGAUAACUUUAGUUUAUCAGUGUCCGAACGUAGAUUAAAUGAUGCAAAAGAAUCGCUGGACGAUAUUUUGAAAAAUAAAUCGAUUAUAAGUGCUCGUCAGUUAGCACAGUUCACAGGUAGAAUUAUUUCUAUGUCCCCAGUUAUGGGAAAUGUCACGAGCCUGAUGACGAGGCAUUUAUAUUUUGCAAUUGAGAACAGAAAGUCAUGGGAUAUUAUUUUAUAUUUUGCUUAUACUGAAUGUGUAUUAGCAGAGUUGAGAUUUUGGUCAGACAGUUUGGCAAAUCUUAAUCAGAAGAAAUUUGUGAAUGACACCUUACCAAACAUAGUGGUGUAUUCAGAUGCUAGUAAUGUAGCCGCAGGUGCUUUUACUGUAGAAGAUAUAAUGGCAAGUUGGGAUGAGAAACUUCUUACAGCUGCAGAGAAUGGGAAUAUAAAAGAGGUAGAAUUAUGUGUAAAGAACGGAGCUAACUUGGAAUGUAGAACUGAUGAUUUUGAUGGAUGGACACCAUUAAUGUUGGCGGCUCAGGGAGGACACCUGGAGGUGGUAACUUACCUGGUCACUCACGGCAGUCAGUUAGACGCUACAUCCACCUACUAUGGAUGGACACCAUUAAUGUUGGCGGCUAUGAGAGGACACCUGGAGGUGAUGACUUACCUGGUCACUCACGGCAGUCAGUUAGACGCUACAGACACCAGGGAUGGAGAAACAGCUUUACAUCAUGCUGCUGAGAGGGGACGGAUUGAUGUAACAAAAUGUUUAAUAGAUCAAGGAUGCAGUCCUUGGGUGAAAUCAAAACAGGGUAAGACUCCUUAUGAUCUGGUAGAAAUAGAAAGCUAUUAUAAGGAAGAGGAAAAAAGGAAGAAGGAAGAAGUGAUGGAUUUCCUUAAGACUGCCAUGUCAAAGACAUCACCAGAAGUAACUCCUGACACCCAUUUACAGAAACCUGCAGCACCAGUAGUUGAAGACAGCAAAAUACCAGAACAAAUAAAAAAGAUGGAUCAUGAGUCGAUUGCCAUUUAUCUGAACGCCCUUAAAUCAGGUUCAGAAAGAAGACGAGAUAUAAAUUUAAUAAUUGUUGGAAAAAAAUCUGUUGGAAAGACUUCCUUAGUACGAAGAUUGUUCGGGGAGGAGUUACAAAGAGUAAAAAGCACAAAUGGUGUAGAAAUUCAUCGGCGAAGAUGUCGAAUAAAUCUAAGUAACUGGGAAUGGAAUAAAGUGUUAGAUACAAGAUUAGUAAAAGAAGCAAGUAUCAACAAUAGAAUAUUGCAGUCAAUUGUCAAAGAGUUGCAUCAAGAUAAAGAAAAACCAAAGCAUGACAUAUUGGAGAUAUCAGAUCAGAUAUCAACAGAUGAUAAUAAGGGCACAAUCACCAAAAAUAUUGAACAUGACGAAGAACCUCAACCCAAACAUGCUAAAAUGAAUUAUCAGUUUGCUUAUCCGGAGAUUACAGAACCGCCGAUUUCUAAACUGGCAAAGGAUGAGCUGUUAAGUAUAAUCGGAUCUGCUGUAGACUUACAAGACGAAGACGACUAUGCAAAUUUAACAGUGUGGGAUUUUGCUGGUGACAUUGAGUAUUACAACACACAUCAAACGUUUUUGAAUUCAGAAGCAAUUUUUCUUGUCGUAGCAAAUUUACAUGACAUAGAUGACACAGUAUCCUACGGCACAUUCAAUUUCUGGAUGGAUACAAUACAUUGUUAUGGAAGCAUAAACGACAAAACUGAAGCUGUAUUGCUCGAAGGAGCUCACAACUUUCUAGACCCACCAGUUAUUGCAAUUGGUACACACAAGGACAAAUUUCAGGACGAAGAACAAUGCAGAAAACGUCUGGAAUCCUACACUGAUAAAAUAUUUAAAGAUUCCAAGCUUCACCUGAGAUCAAUUCACCUGAUCUCCAACACAGAGGAUGUAGAAGAUGCUUUUGAAAAAUUGAGGAAUGAUAUAUUUGCCACAGCAAAGAGUACUGCAAAUUGGAAUCGAGAAUAUCCUGUUAAAUUUAUUCAGAUGGAAAAAGCCAUCAACUCUGAACUUACGAUCGGAAAACAAAUAAUUUCUUUUGAAAGAUUAAAAGAACUAGGUGAGAAAAUACCACUUCCGAUAACUGAUAACAAGGAGCUUCAUCUCUUUCUCAGGUAUCAACAUGAAAUUGGUAACGUGAUAUUUUUUGAAGACAUUCCGUCAUACAUCAUACUUGAUCCCCAAUGGUUAGCAAAUGCCUUUACAUGCAUUGUUACAGCCCAGCAGUUUCAACUGGAAUUACCACACUUACAAUGGAACAACUUCAAACAAACAGGAAAGAUGGAUCCUAAGCUAUUGGAAGAAAUAUUCAAGAAACAAUCAGCAGACAUGAGAAUUCAUAAAGAGCAUAUACUGGAAGUAAUCGAAAAGUUUGACAUUAUCAUCUAUCCAUUGCUACUGACGGAAAGUGGAAAUGUACAAAGGGAGCAUAGUGUUUUUUACGUUCCAUGCAUGCUUCAAACAUUAAAAAUUAAGGAUAUUGAUGUAUUGUUUAACGUUCCAAAUGCUAGCAAAUCUACAUGUAUGUGUUUUGUCUUUAGUUUUUUACCGCCGUAUCUAAUCAGCAAUCUGAUUGUCUCUUGUCUACGAGAAUAUCCUCUAGCAGUGGUGAAGGGCGAGAUAGGUCUCUUCAAGGAUUGUUGUGUAUUCAAUAUUGACAGAACUGGCUGUGCAAAAUUUGUAUUAGCAAAGAGUAGUCAUAUGAUUCAGCUGCAAGUAUGGCAAUGGGAUGAAGUAGAUACAGAGGUUAACCAAGCUGUUUUAAAAAUUGUCGAAAGAGAAAUCAACAGAAUUAUCAACACGCGAUACAAGUUGAAAACGGUAUCUUUCGAGAAAAAAUGGAAGUGUGAGACCACCAGUUUCUCCUUUGACACAGGAUUCCUUGAAUUUGAUCAAGUACAUGAUGGGAAAAAAUAUUAUUGCGAAGAACAUGCGACAACUCAUAAAUAUAAAGACUAUUGGUCUGGUGAGAAAUUAAAGGCUCCCGUUAGAUUAAGUAGUGAGGAACAGAAUUACGUCAGAAUGUCAAAGAUAGUUCUAGAGGUAUUAUCAGGGGUUUUAUACGAUCGCUUAUUCUUAGAUACAAAGACUGGAGAAAUACUUGAUCGUAAAAAGUUGGACAUAACAGAAAUGUGUAAGAAAUAUUGUGCUUUAAAAAUAAACUUUCCAAGUCAAGGCUUUAGGAAAAUAGAAAAGGUUGACGAGAUUUCUACCACUGAAACUACUAUUGGUGACGACAUUCAACGGAUACGUGUGAUCAGAAAUGAAAUGCAGCAUUCUUCUGUCUUUGCAUUAGAUGACGCACGAUACAAAACACUAAUCAAAAUAGUUCGUGCUAUGCUAACUAGAUUUGAUCAGUGUAACAAUCCAGCAGGUGAAUCCUACGUAAAACGAUUAGACGAAAUCAGGAAAAUGGAAUUAGAGACCAGGAGUUUUGAAGAGAUAAAAGAACGAAUGAAAGCAGGAUUGAUAGAACAGAUAGAAAAGAUUCAUGCAGUUGUCGAUAGUGUGGUAUCUGAUGCUUUGAACGAUAUUUGUUAAUUCAUUUUUGUAUACACCAUUUGCGGUCAAUGGGAUAAAUAUUGAAUAUGUGAAAAAUUUGCAUAUACGAAAAAUGUAAUGAACUACUCAAACUAUAAUUUACUAAUUAAAUUGACAAAAAAGUCAAUGGUAAACAAUAAAUAUAAACAAGAAGAUGCGGUUUGAAAACUCUCCAUUCGAGUCCCAAUGUAAUAAAAGUUAACAAUAGGUCAAAGUACGAAGCCGCGGCGCACACCAAUCAGCAAACUAUAAAUUAUAGUGUAAAACUAUUCAUACUGGACGACCGAGGUCUUAUAACAGAGUAACACAUAUGAACCAAACCAACAAACCACAUCCAUCGAACAAUAAGUUACUGACUUAGGACAAGCGCAUAUAACUGCAGAAUGUGUUUGAUAUAUUAACUAGUAUUUCAAGAUAAGUUAAAAAAUAGUUGUUAAUCAAAAAGUUAAAUCAUCAAUAUGUUUUAUCAUUAAAAGAAAGCUUUGUGUCGAAAGUUGUGAAAUCAAGGAUCUAUGACAUAAAAGACUGUGUACUAAGUGUAACACUAACGCUAUUAAAGAUGAAUACCAUUUUAUACUUGAAUGUAAAAUAUAUAGUGAAAUCCCCGAAAAGUAAAUUAAAAAGUAUUAUUAAAGAAAUCCAUUUAAAAAACUAAAGAGAAUUAGAGGCGAACAAUUGUUCAGGGAAAUAUCCUUUUGAGUAAAACUGUUGUUCAUGUUUACUAUACAUUAUAUAUUUUCAAUUUGAGUUAUCUUUCUUUGUCCAGAAUAGUAGUUGAAUCAACGUAAAUCAUUGUUUUAUACAAUAUACAUUGUAUAUUCACUUUUACU